AGAAAAGAGGGCGAUAUUAAUAUCUGGGCAAAAAGUGAAACGCACGAAGUCGCAACUCCUCUUCGGCGGCCAGUCCCGUAAUCAGAGCUCCCACGAACGCAGGAACCUCCUCUCAGCCUCGCACCACAGCUAGCCCGCGGCGCGGCGCCCCCCGCCCGGAUCGGAAAGUGAGAGGACGACCUCGUCUUAAAGGAAGCCUUUCCCCCCGCUCGGGCCCAGAAGCUGCUUCGUCCGUCGGCCACCUCCCCGGCCCCAACUCGAUCCGGCGCUUAGAGCUCCACAACUCUCGCUCGGGGCAGGCGGCCGCAGCUGGGCGGCCAUGGCAAGGAGGGGCGGCGGCGGCAACGGGUGCCGCGGCUCCAGCGCCCGCACAGCCGAGCCGGCUGGGGGGGCGCAGCCGGGGGCGUAGCUGUUUGUCCCAGAUCUCCAUGCACCGCGGCGAGGACGCGGCGCCAAGAAGGCACGGCACCUACCCAGACCGUCUCCCUGCGCCUGGCUGGAAAGGGAGUUCUAUUUGUUGGCUCUGUCCCAGAUUUCCCAAUCCUUGGCACCCUCCAGAUGGUUGGACAUCAACUCCCAAAAAUCUCAGCAGUCGCCACACUGAUGCGAGUUGAGGUCCACGUAUCUGGAAGGCCCCAGGCUGGGCAAGGCUGCUGGGGCUGAUUAUCUGCUCUGUGUCACUUGAAGUUCAAUCAAGAGAAUCCAGAGGAAUGGAUCUUCGGUUGUUGCUGUUUACGUUGGCUCUGGCAUCUGCGAACAGUUCUUUUUCCACAACGAAACCUGCUUCACGGAAGCCACAGAUAAUUCAGUGUCGAUCACCUGAAAUGGAAACAUUUUCAUGUUACUGGACUACAGGGGAUUUUCCUCAUGAAUUGGUGCUGGGAAAAAUUCAGCUGCUCUAUUCAACAAGGUUGACUGAGUGGGAAGAAUGGAAAGAAUGUCCUGAUUAUACAACUUCUGGUGAAAACAGCUGUUACUUCAAUACAUCCUUCACCUCCGUUUGGGUCCCUUAUCGUGUUCAGCUUCAUGCUGCAAAUCAGUCAUAUGAUGAAAAAUAUUUCCAGGUGGAGGAUAUAGUAAUUCCUGAUCCUCCAGUUGGGUUAAACUGGACAGUGCUGGACACCAGCCCAAUAGGCAUCUAUACUGAUAUUCAGGUUACCUGGAAGCCUCCACCCUCUGCAGAUGUUCGGAAUGGGUGGAUCACACUCCUUUAUCAGCUUCAGUACAAAGGAGUCAAUGAAACAGAAUGGCAUGAGUUGGAUCCAAAACUCACCACCAAAUUUCCAAUAUAUGCUUUGAAGACAUGCCAAGAUUAUGAGAUACGGAUUCGAGCAAAGGGAACACCUGAAAUUUAUGGCGAAUUCAGUGAAGUGCUCUAUGUGUCAUUUGGUUCAAAAGGACUGAUGCCAUGUGAGGAAGAAUUCCAAAUUCCUUGGCCUUUGGUGAUGGCCUUUGGAACACUUGGCCUAAUGGUGAUGCUGUCCCUUGUCCUCUUUUCCAAACAGCAAAAGUUAAAAAUACUGAUCCUUCCUCCUGUUCCAGUGCCCAAAAUUAAAGGAAUUGAUCCAGACCUCUUAAAGAAAGGAAAACUGGAUGAAGUUAAUUCCAUCUUAGCCAGUCAUGGUAGCUACAUGCCCCAGCUUUAUGGAGAUGACUCUUGGGUGGAAUUUAUUGAGCUGGAUAUAGAUGAAGCUGAAGAGAGAACUGAAGGAUCAGAUACUGAUAGGCUCCUUGGUGAUGUUCAUAUGAAGUCUCAUGGCUGCCUUGCAGUGAGGGAUGAUGAUUCUGGACGGGCCAGCUGCUGUGAGCCUGAUAUCCCAGAGACUGAUUUCAGUGCAAGUGAUACAUGUGAUGGAACUUCAGACACUGAUCAAUCCAAAAAGGUAAGUGACAAAGAAGAGGAUCUCUUGUGUCUUGAUCAAAAAGACAGUGAGAAGUCAACGCCAGGUCUUGAUAAUGCAUCUGCCCACUUGCUGUCAAAUAAUCCAACCAAAGAACAGGACCUAAAACCCCAUGUUCCUGCCACUGAGAUAACCAAUCCACCUGUCCAGACCCAGUUAAGCAAUCAAAGUUCAGUAGCGAACAUUGACUUUUACACACAGGUCAGCGACAUUACACCAAGAGGAAGUGUUGUACUAUCCCCAGGACAAAAAAUUAAGAUGGGGAAGACCCAAAGUGAAGCUCAAAAAGAACCAGUUGCACAGUGUCAACCAACCUUGGCCAUGGACAGGGCCUAUAUCUGUGAGUUGGAUGUGAAAAAAUGUGUCACUGUGACACCUCCCAAAGAGGAUGAGCCAGAAGUUCAAGUCCAGAGCUUUUCUGAGGAUGCUUACUUGACCACCGAUAGCCUUAUCGCUCAUCCUGUGAGCCCUACUAUGGUAGCAACAGCUGCAGAAGAAAAAGAGCCAGAAGGUUCUGAGAUACCUGUGGCAGACUAUACCUCCAUUCAUAUGGUACAGUCUCCACAAGGCCUUGUUCUCAAUGCUACAGCUCUCCCUAUGCCAGACAAAGAAUUCAUCAUGUCAUGUGGCUAUGUGAGCACAGAGCAACUUAACAAAAUCUUGCCAUAGCUUUCUUUUUCUUGAGUAUGUGAGAAACUGUAUCAUCCCCAGCUCCAUGAAGCCCAAAACACAUAUGCAGUUGUUCAAGCACAGGGGUUUUCCAAUUCAUUUCAGUGUUACAGAAAGCUUCUGAUGUUUGUGGAACAUUUAUUAGCUAUUAUGUGAAUGGAGAGGCCAAUUCCCAAGAGGAAUUCUGUGUUCCUGUGCUUUAAUCGGAGCCAAGAUGUCCAAUAGUUUCAAAUGGCUGGUGGUGAUGCAGUCCUUCCCACUUCUACCUGUGAUGUUGAAUCAAUCACAGUAUUGCUUUUGUGUCAUGUAAAUAUUGUCUUACAAAAUGUUGCUGGGGCUGAUUCAGUGACGUGACUGUCUUUUGUUGUAGGUAUUGAUUUGGGCUUCACCCAAGCAUAUUGGAUGUCUGUGUCAUGCAUUGUAAAUCAUUGUGGAUUUGUAAAUCAUUGUAAAUCAGUGUGGAAUUUUUUUUGUGUGCGUGUUUGUUUGAACAUUUUGAGAAGUUUAUACUGGGAACUGGAGAAUGAAAGAUUAGAGAAGCAAAAAUAGUUUUGUUAAAUGAAGCAUCAUUAUGGUUAAUAUAAAUAUAAAUUUACUUUAAUACUUCAGAUAAGCAAGCAUGAAUAUUUUAUACUUAGAGUGCACACUGUAGUUUAAUUAUUAUGAUCCAUCUGUGGAGAGUAUCUGCUGCAAUCAGUGUAGCAAUUACAAAAAGAAAUAAGGAAAAAUAUUUUUAUACCUCCACCAAAGCUAUAGGGAAUUUAAGUUGCAGCACUACUGGGGGUGGGGGCUGGGGUAUUCAUUUCUUAAAAGCACUAUUCAUACUUUUACAUUUUGUAACAAACCACAAACAUGUACAACCUUGAAUAUUUUUAACUGGUAUACCGAUCUGUCAUACAAUUUUAUAGCAGUAAAACCUAAAAUGGAUUUGGAUUUUUCAGGGCUUUUUAGGAACACAGUUAAUUUUUUUUAUGACUAAAGAGUAACUACGUGACUUGAUAGUAGUAUUCCUCACAGCAAAGCGUUUACAUCCUUUAAAGGUUAAACAAAAAAACCAACACUAAUACUGAGUCAAAGUUAAGUUGUCAGCAUUUUAGAUUUUUAAUCAAAUGAAAAUACAAAACUCAAUAGAACAGUAUUAUAAAUAGUGCAACUUUUUAUUUAGGAUAAUCUGCGAAUUAAUACUGAUUGUAGGAAAGUUUUAAAGAAUUAGUGUGCUUAAGCCUUACAUGUAUCUGUUCUUUUCUCAAGGUACUCCUUAACAUACUUCAAUUUUAUAUUUUGUUUACAUAAACCAGGUUUAAAUUCCAAGGCCUUUUCAAAUAUGCAGUCUGCUUACCUUUUUUUUUUCCUUGCUAUUUUCCAGACUGCUAAUACUACUCUUAACCUGAGACUACAGGUGACUGUUCCUAAAUGUAGGCUUAGAGAAGGUCCAGCACACUAACUUCCUGGGGUCACUGACUUGAACUGGGAGUUUAUAACCUGGAGAUAGGAAGAUUUUGUGCCAUACAAAAUUUCCUGGUUCUGAUUCAGAAAGCUUCUCCAUCUAGCCCUGAUGGACAUCUCUUACUGACAUCUUUGGCAGAGGUCUUUUACAUUACCUAUUGCCUGAAUCUUUUUUUUUUUAAGAAGUCGGGGUCAAUCUUAGACUCUUCUGCACAUAAAAUAUGCAUAUAUCACUAAGCUAGGGAUCCCUGACAGGGGCAGAAAUGUGGAUGGGGAAACAUUACAGUGAAUUCAGAGGUACUCAGAGAUGAUUACAGUUGUCCCCUUAUGGAAAGGGUGCAGAUGUUUUGCACUGAUCACAAUAAUGGGUACCUAUAUAAAAAAUGGGGGGGGGGAGGGAGGAAUACUCAGGACUUGCCUCUGAACUGGUCUUAAGAGGAUUUAAAUCUAGAAGAAAAAUCCUUCCUUUCCAUUGCUGUUCCUUUUGUGGGCCAUUACACUCAGUGGCAUCUGUCAAGCUAUGACAGUAAUGAACAUAGCAUGUAGAUUACAACUGCCUUCUUGGAAAUGUGUUUAUGUUAUACCUGGGGGAGUGGGGGGGGGUUGUUAGUAUUGUUCUGAUUUGUUUUAAAGAAGUAAGGUGAAGGUCUUGAUAUGUAUAUUUGCCAUAGUCUUCAGUCUUAAAGACAAGCGUAGUGCAAUUGGUUCCUGUUUACUUAGAAGUAAGCCAUAUAUAGCAUAUUCUGUCAGGCCAACUUCCAUGAGGUGGGUUUUUAUGUUGGCCAACCUACUUAGGGAGAAGUUUGCAAUAAGCUCACAUGGGACUUCUUAAUAAAGUUGCUUAGGAUGAUUCCACCACAGGGGGAAAAAAAGGUAAGCUUCAGUUAUUUAAAUUUUUGAAGCUUCUUAAUAAGAGAGGGAAGCUAGACUAGCUCUUUUUUUUCUUUUAUAGGUACUUAUCUCACUCAGCUAAUUAUCCCUAGAAAAACUGGGAGCUGGAAAGGGGUGGCAGGACGCAUUUGCAGGUUGUAAGAGACCCUGUCAGCAGGAACAGCUAAAAGUAAAAGAAUUCCAAGUGAGCAGAUCACAGCAAGCUUUAGUAGACAUAUGUCGCUUGUUUGUGAGAUGGGCGGCUAUAUAAAUUUGAAAAAUAAAUAAAAAAAUAAAAAAUAUGAAAUGGUGCAGAAGUUUAAAAAUGACCACACACCUGCUUCUCAGCAACAUUUGUUAAUUUUUAGAUUCCAACAUCCUGGGUUAUAUAAGCAGGCCUUGGGCAGGAAUGUACAUUUUAGCUAGGGACUGCAUCAUGUAUAAGCAUCUUAAAAGGAAGAAAGUUGUUCAGAAACAAGUCAACACUUCAGAAAUGGACUUUUCUGAUAUAUUCAUUCUUUGGCUUGUAUUUAGCUUUUGUAUUUAAGAUGUAUUUUCUCUAACAGCUGGCACCUCUAAUUUUAGGCACUAAUGCAAUUAGAGCUAUGUAAGCCUUUCCUCGUGGCAAGGGAAAUUAAUGCUACAUUUCUCUUGCCGGAUUUUUUUUUCCCAUCACCAAAAACUAGUUAAAUACCUCAAUCAAUCUCAGAAUGUCAUUUUGGUACUUUGCUGGUUACAUAAAACAAUAUACCACAAUAUGAAGAUUUGUGUAUUUCUGUUUAUAUAUUUAACUUGCCUUAUGUCAGUGUUCUAAUUCCUUCCUCAAAGUUUAAAUAAAUUUAUUUUCUCUAAUUCA